CUGUCUGCUACCCACCCACCGACAGCACUCACGCCGGAUCUUACUUGUCCCUGUCAUCUUCAUGAGUCGAUGAGUAAUUACUCGACGCUGACAGGCUGGAAUACAGCUGCUUCCACACGCCCCCCUUGGACCAGGUGAACCACUUUGUACGACUGUCCACGCCUCAAGCUUGCCUUUGACGAAUCAUUGCGCCGCCGAUUCUAAUACGGCAUGCGUCCGUUUGCUUUGCCGUCAUUCCAAUUCGCAGCUCCCGUGUUUUGGACCCCGGCUGGCGUGUACAUCCUCCGAGACUUGGUUCCGCAUGGUCGUGAAGCGAUCCAAGCAGUCUGAUACCACCAAACCACCAGAGGUGUAAUUGGAGCACUAUGGACUUGACAGGACUGUCUAUCCUUAAUGCCCGGCCUUCCAGGCUGCCUGGACCAAAGCUCCUACACCAACUGGUGAAGGAGCCGGGCCAACACGUAGCCCUGGAUUAUAUGGGCAACGGCCGGCAAUCCACGUUGACCUACAGCGAGCUUCAUGAAGCUGCAGCGUCCAUUGCGACUCGCAUAACAACAGCAUCAGGCAUUGUCACUGGACAGUUUGUUGUUCCUGUGCUCAUCCACCAAUCCCCUCUUCUAUAUAUCUCACUCUUGGCCAUCUUGAAGUCCGGAGGGGCUUUCUGUCCUCUCAAUAUCGAUGCACCGCCGGAACGCGUAAAAUUCAUCCUUGACGAUGUCUCAGCAACAGUGGUUUUGACCACGAAAGACCUGGCAUCUGAACUACCCUACGAUACCGGCGCAACUAUAAUCAUCGUUGAUGAGUAUGAAGAAUAUCAAAUCCCUUCUGGAUCUCCAAGAGCCGAGGUCAAACACAAAGUGCCUCAGCCAGAAGAUCUAGCCUAUGUCAUGUAUACAUCAGGAUCAACAGGAACUCCCAAAGGCGUGGGAAUUUCGCACGAUGCUGCAUCGCAAGCUCUUAUUGCCCAUGAUAGACAUAUCCCACCAUUCUCCCGCUUUCUACAGUUUGCAGCACCGACAUUUGAUGUCUCAGUCUUUGAAAUAUUCUUCCCAUUCUUUCGAGGUGCUACUCUCGUGAGUAUUCGACGAACUGAGAUGUUAGAUGACCUUCCUGGCGUGCUUCGCGUUAUGAGAGUGGAUGCCUGUGAACUCACACCAACAGUCGCUGGAAGCCUGUUGCGCCGAAGAGAAAAUGCGCCAGACCUCAAGUUGCUUUUGACAAUUGGAGAAAUGCUCAACGCCCCAGUAGUUGAGGAAUUUGGAGGGGACAAUGAGAGGCCGAGCAUGCUCUGGGCAAUGUAUGGCCCAACUGAAGCUACAAUCCACUGUACUCUUCAAACUGCGUUCUCGUCUGAUUCCUCGACGGGCAAUAUUGGCGUACCCCUCGAUACAGUGUCGUGCUUCAUUAUCGAGAUUCCAGAGUCAGAUAGCCACGAAUUUGAAAUUAAAAUUCUUCCGCAGGGAGAGGUUGGAGAAUUGGCUGUGGGUGGCUACCAGUUAGCUGCUGGCUACAUCAACAGACCGGAGCAAACAAAUUCAGUCUUCCUUGAUUCACCGUUUGGGCGCAUCUAUCGUACGGGGGACAAAGCUCGCUUACUACCAAAUGGAAAACUUGAAUGCUUCGGUCGAUUAUCAGAUGGCCAAGUGAAGCUGAGAGGACAACGUUUGGAGUUGGGGGAAGUAGAGCAGGCUGUCCUUCGAACCUCAGGAUGUCACAGCGCCGUGGCAGCGAUAGUACAAUCUAUCCUGAUAGUGUUCUGUGCCGUCGACGAAGGAGUGACUGAGUUUUCUAUUUUGAAGCAUUGCAAAGAUUGGCUGCCGCAGUAUAUGGUCCCUGGAGAAAUUGUCCUGAUGUCAGAAUUUCCAAGAUUACCCAGUGGCAAGGUUGACCGGAAGAGGCUCAAAGCAGAGUACGAACAACGCAAAGCUGACAUAUCAGAGAGCAUCUUGAACUCCGCGCCGGUUGACACAAUGGAAUCAGAGCUUCUGGCAGUUGUGUCUCAGAGUUUGAAUUUCAAAGUCGAUAAGUCGACGCCUCUCGCCUUGAUUGGAAUGGAUUCUCUCAAAGCAAUCAAGUUAGCCUCUGCUCUUCGCACUUCUGGGUUUGGGAUAGACUCAACUGCUAUUCUCACAAUGAAAACUGCGUCUGAAAUUAUUUCUGCCAUCCGAAGGCAACCGCAGCCCGAUAUAGACAACCCUCAACAAGCGUCGAAAGAUCUUUCAUUAGACUUUGAGGGUAUUGUACAACAAGACGCCAGCUUGGCUCGAAUUCGUGGCUCAGUCGAGGACGUUAUACCAUGCACGCCUCUUCAAGCAGCAAUGCUAGCCGAGACUGCACGGAACCCAACAACUUAUUGCAACGAGCUUGAGCUUAGUAUUCCGCUGGGUUAUGGCAUCAAUCAUAUAUUGGAGACUUUCAGAGAACUUUCACAGCAGAACGCCAUUCUGCGUGCAGGGUUUGCAGCUGCAAAGGGCAACUUCGUUAUGAUUUUCCAGCGGGAACUCCGACCCGAACAGAUCUGCGUUGUCGACCAGUUUCAAAAACGACUGUGCCUCUCCUCACCACAGGACUUCAUAUCUCCCUUGAUACUCCAGAUCCAGCGAAGCCCAGAAGAAGAUAGCGUCCGUGUUCUCUUACAACUGCAUCAUUCUCUAUAUGAUGGAUGGUCUAUGGAUAUUCUUCUUUCUGAUUGGUCCAAACUACUCCUGCGACAACAAGUAUCUCAGCGUCCUCCAUUCUGGGAAGUUGCCAGAUUUUAUCAUGAUCUGCAAACAGGCGAUGCCACCCGAGUAUUCUGGACGGAACAUCUCGCAGGAUGGAAACGAUCGCCAUUGCCCAAGCUACGCAGUAAGGUGAUGCGCUCAAACCGAAGCCUAUCAAUCAGGAGGCGAUUAUCCCUCUCUCGGAGUAGGGUUGAUACAGGAAUGCAGAAGCUUCGCUGCAGUCCUCAAGUGAUAUUCCAGGCCUCACUAGCUCUGCUGUGGUCAGGGAUCACAGGAAUGCGUGAUAUCACGAUUGGCUCAGUAACUUCUGGGAGGACGAUUCCUUUAGCAGGCAUUGAGCAAGUAAUUGGACCAUGCAUUGCCUCCCUCCCUGUUCGAGUCGAUCUAGACAACGUAUCUGUAUGUCUCGACCUGCUCAAUAGCAUCCACUCAAGUAACAGAGGAAUUAUGCAACAUUGCACGCUUUCAUUGUCAGAGCUCAAGAAGCUGGUUUCAUUACAGCCCGGCGAAAGCCUCUACGAUGUGCUUUUUGUAUACCAGGAAUCUCUCGCCAGUUCGGAGCGGACACACAACGUUGUGAGAGAGACAAGUCAUCUGGACCGACUAGAAACACCGAUUGUGUUUGAGGUUGAGCCAAGAGAAGAUGGAUUUGAGCUUCAAGUUACAUAUCAAGAGGACUUCGUGUCAGCUGAAACAGCAGAACAUAUGGUGAAUCAGCUUGAGUCAUUGAUUAUCUCCAUGCUGGAGAAUCCUACCACCAAGGUCAAAGCGGCACUGAAGGAGAUCAGCUGUAGUCCGUCCAUCAACAACAUCUGGCCUACUAUACCACAGAAAACCCCUGAUUUAGCACGACUUUUUGAAGAAGUUGUGCUUCAAACUCCGGACUCUGAUGCUCUACUAUUUUCUCACUUUUUGGACGGCGGAUACCAGACGAAAUGGACAUUUCAAGAGCUCAACGCAAUGGCAAAUCGCAUCGCGAGAUAUCUCCAUUGUAGCGGUGUCAGGGUUGGCGAAGUAGUGGCUAUUGUGAUGGAAAAGUCACCAACGUUGUACGCAUCAAUCCUGGGCAUCAUCAAGUGUGGUUGUGGAUAUCUCCCAAUUCUUCCUUCAACCCCUCGUGCUCGCAUUAGUGAGAUCCUACAGCAGGCCCAGACCGAGCAUUGCGUCGUCGAUAACGUGUCUCGUGACCAAUACCCAUAUCUGUCCGAGCUUUCUACGAUAACUGUCGAUACCAACUCGCUCCAUGACAUAUCCGCGGACAACCUGGACGUUGAAGUUGAUGGGACUCGACUAGCGUACGUGAUUUACACGUCGGGAACGACAGGAACCCCAAAGGGUGUUGCAAUUCAGCAACAUAGUAUUGCUGCAAACAUUGAGCAUCUCGAGGCACUGUAUCCCAAGUGUCUCAAUUCACAGGGCCGUCUUCUACAAGCAUGCUCUCAAGCAUUCGAUGUGUCAGUAUUCGAGAUAUUUUAUACAUGGUGCACAGGGAUGUGUCUGUGUUCAGGGACAAAUGACACAAUCUUGGAAGACAUUGAGCGAUCAAUACGUGAACUUGGUAUCACCCACCUCAGCAUGACACCAACAGUUGCCAAUAUCGUUAACCCUGCUAAUGUCCCCAGCGUGGAGUUUCUUGUGACUGCCGGAGAACCCAUGACACAGUCUGUCUAUGAGAAAUGGCAACGCCCAGUUGUGGCAGGGGUACGGACCAUCGGAAACCACAAAUAUCUGCACAGUGAAGAAAAUGACAGCAGAUGA